AUGCGAUCAGUUGAUAAUAAUAUUUCUGAGGGUAAAUGUGAAGGAUACCCUAAUAGUCAGUCACAUUGGGGUGGUACCUUGUUAGCUGAAGCUACUUCAAAAGGUCCUAUACUAUUUUCCGGAACUGACUGGGCAGUAGUACCUUUAGAAUCAUUAUCACCUGCUAGAAGAUCUAUAAUUCACCCUAUUAGUCAAAGAUUAACUGGUGUUGAGAACACCGCAUUAGUUGAUGGUUUAUUUGGUAGGAUUUGGGAAUUUCCAAAAUGUGAAAAUGUUAGAGAAAGAAAGGUCACACGAGGUGAUCAAUUUGUUGGUGACUCUAGGAUUGACUUUCAAUGGAAUAAAACAGAGCGUACUUUAUGUCGUGUAUGUGGUAAACAUAUUUUGAAGCAAAAAUUUGCAACAGAACACUAUCAACGAUCUCCAACAUGUUGGCGUCAAGUAAUGCGUCAUAUAGGUAUACCUGAAUUUGAUGGAUCUCAUAGUACAUCUGUACAAAGUAAUUCUGCUGCAAAUCAUUUGUUAUAUUAUCCAAAUUCUGAAAUAAGUUCAUAUGGUUCACAUUCUUCAACAACUAACGAUAACAUAAAUCAAGGGGUAAAUCUUUCAAUAUCAUCUUAUGGUAAUAAUAAAGAUAUAAUUUGUGAUAAUCCUUAUAAUUUGAAUAGAAAUCCAAAGAUACAAGAUUCUUCAGGAGUUGUUGAAUCACAUUCUCAAUCAGGAUAUAUUCAGGGUACUCGACCAACAUCGAAUGUAGAAUAUAUAAUUCAAAAUGGGUGUAUUAAUUUGUUUAGAUCUGCUACACAAGCAGUUUAUGAUGAAUUAAUGCGUUAUAAAGGUAGUGAAUUAACAGGUGAAUUAUCUUGUUCAAAGAAUAGUCAAAAUAGUGAAUUAAAAUUUGAUUCUCCUGUAGUUGAGAAUGUAAUGAUAGAGACAAAAGAAUCUACUAAUAUUGCAAAUUUAUCUGUUGAAGAAGAGCCAUAUUUAGUAAUAUCAUCAGUAACUCCAAAUAUUUUUCCAUCAAUUAACCACAGACCUCUUCCUGUAAAUGUGUGUUAUAUAAAGUUAUCAUUUAAUAAUCCAGGUGCAAGACUAGUACGUGAUUUAUGGGCAUUAGAUUGUGAAUUACUGGUUGAUUGGGGAGAUGGGGUUUUGACACAAGCUAGAAGAUUUACUUUAAGAGAAUUAGGAGAACCAGCUGAAUCUGAUCCUGAUAUGAGAAAUAUUUAUUCUCAAGGUUUUGCAUAUCUUAAAUGUUUUGUUCCUCAUAAACCACCUGGUCGUGCUGAUUUAAGGGUUAGAAUCCCGAAAUCAUUAUGGGAAUAUUGGGAAGCAUAUACUGCCGAUAAAUAUCAAUUAGUAGUUUAUUAUUUUCCAGAUGCAUUUGUAUCAAUAUUACCUGGUAGAAUUCCAAGAAAUGGUCAAGUAGAAUUAAACCAAGAAGUUGGGCAAAUAACUAGUUAUUUAUCUCCAAAUUGGAUAUCUGGACAAUAUAGAGAUUCAACGAUCAAAAGAUCUCAUCCUUAUUCACCAGAUUUAUCACAUCGUACAUCACCUACUCCUUCUCCAAGAUCAAUCAAUAAUAAUAAUAAUAAUAAUAAUAAUAAUAAUAAUAAUAAUAAUAAUAAUAAUAAUAAUAAUAAUAAUAAUAAUAAUAAUAAUAAUAAUAAUAAUAAUAAUAAUAAUAAUAAUAAUAAUAAUAAUAAUAAUAAUAAUAAUAAUAAUAAUAAUAAUAAUAAUAAUAAUAAUAAUAAUAAUAAUAAUAAUAAUAAUAAUAAUAAUAAUAAUAAUAGUAAUAAUAAUAAUAAUAGUAAUAAUAAUAAUAAUAAUAAUAAUAAUAAUAAUAAUAAUAAUAAUAAUAAUAGUAAUAAUAAUAAUAAUAAUAAUACAAAUUCAAACUCAGCUAUAAUUCCACCACAAAUUAUUGGAUCAAUAGAUGAAAAGACAGGUAAUAGUUGGUCAAUAAGCGAAGGUAAUAUUAGUACAUAG